GUCCCAUUCAACAAUCCCACUCCCCUUAUACCAAGCUUUAUGAAGCGUCUGGCAGGCGGUGGGGAAUCGUCCUGAGCCUAUUCCUGGGAUACCCUUUUCAGACGCCUCUCUCCUAAAAGCCUCGGCCACGGGUUCGGACUUGUAACCUCUCAUCUUCUGCUCCUGGACCUACAUCUCUCCUUCACUCCGCUCAAUCACACUGCAGGGAAGCUAAACCACUUUCAAGAUGGUCUACACAGCUUCGUUCGCCUUCUUCGAGGCCAUCUGGGAGGCUGGCGUUACUCAUUGCUUUGUCAAUCUUGGAUCCGACCAUCCCAGUAUCAUCGAAGCUAUCGUCAAGGGCCAAAAUGAGAAGAAGGGAAAGUUCCCAAGGAUCAUCACCUGCCCCAACGAGAUGGUGGCCCUCUCCAUGGCCGACGGCUACGCGCGAUUGACCGGCAAACCCCAAUGCGUCAUCGUUCACGUCGACGUCGGAACCCAAGGCCUCGGAGCUGCCGUACACAAUGCGUCUUGCGGGCGUGCACCUGUUCUCAUUUUCGCUGGGCUCUCGCCUUUCACUAUUGAAGGUGAGAUGCGAGGCAGCAGGACCGAGUACAUCCACUGGAUCCAAGAUGUACCCGACCAGAAACAGAUUGUCGCUCAAUACUGUCGCUAUGUUGGCGAGAUCAAGUCUGGCAAGAAUGUCAAGCAAAUUGUGAACCGCGCACUGUCCUUUGCGACGAGCGACCCCAAAGGCCCCGUCUAUAUCUGCGGCGCACGAGAACCCAUGGAGGAGGACCUCACGCCAUAUCAGCUCAACCAGGAGUACUGGCACCCGGUCGAGCCGGCAGCACUACCCCCCAAGGGUGUUCAGACGAUAGCCGAGGCUUUAGCUACUGCGAUGGAGCCGCUCGUUAUCACUGGAUACUCCGGAAGGAACCAUGCAGCAGUGGAUCAGCUGGUCCAGUUGGCAAACAAUAUCAAGGGAUUGCGCGUGCUUGAUACUGGAGGAAGUGAUAUGUGUUUCCCAGCCAACCACCCGGCAUGGCUAGGGCUCCGCUAUGGCAAGGACCCGAGCAUCGAGACCGCCGACGUCAUCCUCGUCCUUGACUGCGACGUUCCUUGGAUCAACACACAGUGCCAUCCCAAGGACACUGCGAAGAUCUUCCACAUUGACGCAGAUCCGCUGAAACAGCAGAUUCCUGUCUUCUACAUCAAUGCCCUGCAAAGAUACCGGGCGGAUUCAUGCACUUCAUUGGAACAGAUCAAUGGAUAUCUCACAACGCAUCUGAAGGAGAAGCUCUCUGGCCCGCUAUAUUUGGACAGAUGGACAGCGCUUCAGGAACAACACAAGAAGAAACUAGAAGGCAUUGCAAGUGAAGCCAAGGUGGACGAAAAUGGCCACUUUGGUACACCGUAUCUGGCACAGCAACUCAAGAAGCUCUGCCCGAACGACACCAUCUGGGCGAUUGAGGCCGUAACACAGACCCAGUUUGUCGCAGAUCAGAUCCAGGCCACACUACCGGGUUCUUGGAUCAACUGCGGCGGCGGUGGUCUUGGAUGGUCUGGAGGAGGUGCGCUCGGUAUCAAGCUCGCCACUGUCACCCAAGGAGAGAACAAGUUCGUGUGCCAGAUUGUGGGCGAUGGCACAUACCUCUUCUCCGUCCCUGGCUCAGUUUACUGGAUCUCGAAGCGCUACAACAUCCCCGUCCUUACCAUCGUCCUCAACAACAAGGGUUGGCACGCACCGCGGCGGAGUCUACUGCUCGUCCACCCGAAUGGCGAGGGAUCCAAGGUUAGCAACGAGGAAUUGAAUAUUUCCUUUGCGCCUACUCCGGACUACUCGGGUAUCGCCAAGGCUGCUGCCGGUGGUGAUAUUUGGGCGGGACAUGCUAGCACGGCCGAGGAAUUGAACAGACUGCUGCCGGAAGCCAUCAAGACGGUGCUUAGUGGUACGAGUGCGGUGCUGGAUGCUCACCUCGAAGGUCCGGAGGGCAAAUACGGCGGGCCGGAUAAGAAGUCCGUGGCGAUGUGAAACGAGCAACGGAUGUCCACUCCUAAGAGAUCAUGUACUUAAUAUACCACGAAUUGAAGCGAGCUUACAAGAACUCCAGCACGUAUACCAACUGAAGCUCUGUUCUACCCCGUCUCCUUCCAAGGCACAUUUCCAGGCUCAAACUGACGGCUUUUUCAGCGAACGCCAGUUAUCAUUUCUAGAACAUCACAUGUCACUACCAAAAGAUUUGAACAAAUUGGUAAGAAUGGAAAACAUGUAUUG